UUCUCACCAAAGAAGACCAUAUUUUGUAUGGUGAAGUUGCUAAGGAUGGAUGAAACUGCCGAGGAUCAUGGGAUUGUAAAAGACCGUGAUGUUAACAAUGAUAUUGAAACCAGUCUUUCAGAACAAAAAGUUGUUUGUGAAGAAGAAAAAGAUGUGAUUGCCAAUGCAAAAGGGGGGUUUGCGGCCGUUCCAGAGACGAAGCAACUUGAAAUUAUCGAUAUAACUUUGUUUGAUGUAGAAAGUUCCCAAAUGUUUCAAGCUUUUAAACUUGAAUUCAGACGUUUAUUGCUCUUUAAAAUCAUACACACCAAGUGCAAAGUAAAUAUUCAACGUUUACCGUAGGUUUUGAAUGUGUUGUAUAACAUUUCAAGUUUUUGCGGAAAUAUGGCGCAUGCGUGGUAGGUUUUGUCUAGCAGCCGGAAAUCCCCGUACUACGAUCGGAGGUCUCUUUUACAUUUAAUUGUCGUCUUACACACUCUUGCACUGUGUUUUUCAACAUUUAUUGAGUUGAAUGCUGCUAAAACGUCUUUCAAACGAAGACUGUGUCAAGAUUAGUAUGCAAGAAGAACGACACAAAG